AUGUCUAAAAUCGACGAAGUCUGGAUCCUAUUCGACGUAGCUUCGACAAUUAAACGACAAUUACUAACCGGCCUACUACAAUUCACAACAUACCAAUGGCUGAAGAACCCGAUGAAAUACAAUUACAAAUUAUUAUUAAUUAACACCGAAUCGACGAAAAAUAUCAAUAAUAUCCCCAAUAUUUGCCUAAUCGAAACAUCCAAAAGAUACGAUCCAAAAUUCAUCGAGACAUCCAUCGAAGAAUCCCAACCAACGGAUUCCCCCACAGCCAACUUUGAAGCUUUGAAUAUCGCUAUAGACUAUUUAAAACGUUGCCAGGACAACAAAUCAAUCCUCACGCGUCAGAUAAUUUAUUUCACGAGCCUCGAACACCGAAAUUCCAACACAAACGAUCUACUAAUAGAUAAAAUAAUCAAAAGAAUCAACAAAUACCAAAUUUAUUUGUACUUUAUCGGCCCCGAAGUGGACCUGCCGUAUCCCAUAACCCAUCCGGAGAUGAUCUACGAAUGCAUGGCAGACUUGAUGAUAGACGAAUCCAAGGAGAACCUGAUGAUAGCCAGUAAGAUCGUUAAAGGAACUAAUUAUAGUGUUAUGUGCAGAGUGGAAAUCGGGACGCCCCAUUUGUUGUUGUCUUUUAAAUUGUCCCAAGGGACGAAGCCCUGGAAUGAGCCCCUUUCGUUUGGGGAGAAUUUUCAGGUACCUGUGAAGAGUUUUAAAAUUAUCAGAAAAGACUUGAACAUCAAGAUAGUCCGAGAGAAAACUACAAAAAAAAUAAGAGUUUUAGCCGAUAAUUUAGACGAAAUUGUGGCCGAAGAGGAUUUAGUAAAAGGCCGCGUCUUAGCCGGACGAUUUUUACAAAUCGAUCCAGCUCAAUUUCGUCCGGAUACGAAAAAAUGUCUGGACGUUUUGGGAUUCGUUAAAAAGGAAUCCAUUCCGCCUACUCUGUUAGCAGGCGAAGAUGUAUACAGGGUGUUGCCGUACGAUGAUAAAGAGGAAUGGUUCCAGUUUUUCACCUACUUGAUUAAAGAAUUGGAUAAAUCCGAAAAAUAUGGCAUCGUUAAAAGAGUUUAUGCAGCUACAAAUAAACCGCGUUAUUACGCUUUGAUUCCGGAUAUUUACAACACACCUAAAUGCUUCAUUAUGAUUGCACUACCUUAUAGACACGAAUACGUUCCGUUUAAAUGUAAAAUUCCCGAAGUACCUGUAAAAGAAGCUCCAGAAAAUCAAAAAGAUGAAAUUUCGGAUUAUUUAAACAGUCUUACUGUUGAUAACGAGAAUUCGAAUUGCAAGUUUACUACUUUGGCUCCCGUUAUGAAGUUGGCCGAGGACCAGCGAAGGAUCGUCGAUGAAAUUCUCAAAAAUUGCAUCGGAGAGGAAUUUUUCAAAUUCGAAAAUUUCGAUUUAAACUUUAGCGAAAAGAACGAAUUUAUCGAAAACUUGAAUUUAAUGUGGGACACUAAUUAG